UUUUUAAUUUUUUUUUCAGAGAUCAUGGAUAGAAGCAAUUCAUCUUCGAUUCAAGAUGUCAUCCAGGAUGAAAAUCUUCAUUAUACUCACAUUAGUUCUGGAUUAUCAAAACUAUCUCCAAUCAGCCAAGCUCCUUUACAUGGAGAAGUGAUUACUCGAUCACACAGUAAUAACACAAGCCAGAACAAUGAAUGUUCUAAGUCAGUGGUCAGCGAAUCGUCUAAUUUUUUCACAUAUUCCAAUACUGGCCUAGUUAAUUUACCAAACGAAUAUAAACCAGAGUUGGCCCUGGAAACUCUUGAAAGAAAUUAUAAUUUUUUCUCGAAAACAUUUCCAUAUAUAACUUCAAAAACAACCGAAGGUGUUUGUUUAAAUAAUGAAGUUCAAGAAAAUCUCAGUGAUGAUAUUACUCAGCAUUCAUUCUUAGAGUACAGGAUAUUGAGAAAUGAGAAAUUUCAUAUUGUUUCAAGUUGUCAACACUCCAGUGAUAAAAAAACUGUAAGCAAUGGAUUUGGCAAAGCAACUCUUCAUAAUUUUGCUGAAAUAAUAACAUUAAAACGAAUUAGAGAAAUGAAAGUAUUAGGUUGUCUUAUCAUUGAAAUGUUCAUGGCAAAACAACUAAGGGUAUUAGGAGCAAAUAUUUUCAACUUCAACCUUGACAAACGCGUUGAAAAUUGUUUGGCAGUUAUUGAGAGUUUUACCCUCCCACCUUGCAUUUCCCACAUUGUCAAUUUGCUUUUACAACCUAAUAUAUUGAACUCAAAGAAAUACAAAUAUCCAGUGAUCACUGAUAUAGGAUUACCCCCACCUAGAGCUAACCUACUCUUAGAUCCUCUCUUACAUUGUGUCAUUCCUUUUUCAAAACAUUUUUCAUUGUUGUAUAAAAUACUCAACAAUCUGAAAAACUUCAAAAAUGUAUCGAUGGAAUUAAAUAUUCUCUAUUAUUAUGAUUGCAAUGGGCAAAUGUGUUCUGAAUACGAGCCUUUAGAAAAAUCAAAAAUUUCUAUAUCUCAAAGUCUUGCGGAAUGUGAAAUAAAAUCUUCUAUCAAAAAUUUAGAAAACUUAUUCAACGAAAUAAAUUCAAAAACUGACGUUGAGGUUAUCAGUAUUCUCGUACCACAUAUUAUUGAUUUAAUGGAAGAUUCUUCAACUUCGGUAUUGGCUGCUUGGUAUUUAUUUGAACCUCUUUCGAGUGUAUUAGGUCCAAACAAAUCAUCUCAAUAUUUUCUUGGCCCACUCUUGAAACUUUAUGAAAAUGAUCCAAAUGCUGUUUACUUUCAGAAUGGAGUAAAAAUAGCUAAAAUUUAUCAUCAUAGUUUUCUACUUAGUUUGAUGGUUCGACUUGGUUUGAAGUGUUUUCUAGAAAAUUUUAUAGUCCCGCUAGUUGAAGCUGUUGGAGGUUAUAAAGACUGUGAACUUGUUGAAUUUCUUUUACAUAAUCAUUCCGAAAAAAAAAUCAUUAAAGCUUUUGAUCUCAAAAGGGUGGAUUCAGAACAAAUGGAUAUUUUAGAUAGUGAUGAUUCAACAUCGAGCGAUAAGCAAGAAAUAUUAUCCGGAAGAUUACAGGAAAGUUCUUCGAAUGAAGAAAUAUUUGAAUUUGAAGAUGAAAAAAAUAUAGACCAGGAGAAGUUUUCUCCAGAACAUUUGCAGUCAAAUGUAGCAUCCAAAUUUUCUUUCAAUAAUUUCAAUAUAGAAGAGGAUUUGGGAGAUUUUAAAAAUUUGGAAAAAGCAAAUUCCCAAUCUGGUGAAUUUUUUGUUUCACGUUCUCACUUGAAACCGCCCAAGUCUCCAAGAUAUUACAGUAAUAUGUUUUUACGCAGCCAGAGCGAUGACACAAUUAACGCAGAUUUCUCAAACUCUGAAUCUGAAAAAGAUGUAGAAAACCCUGGGAAUAAAGUAUCUGAAAUGAGUGCAGACAGUGUGAUUUGGUUAUCCCAUCGACUUGGACCUCUGUUAACAGCUAAAUAUUUAUCAAAAAACUUGCUGAAAAUAUUGGCUCUGUGUUAUAUGGGAGAGGACAAUUUAGCGAGCCGUAUACCUGCAGAUUUAACAAAGUUUGAGAAUUCAAUAGCCUCCAGUUAUGUUGUAGGUGAUAUUGCUGCCGUUAAAAUUGUCAGUUGCCUCACCAGUAUUUCAG